CUGCGACAGCAUGGAAUUGGAAAUGCUGGGGCCGGAGCUGCUGCUGCCGUCGCUGCCCGCGUCGUCGACGCGUCAGUUGGUGCGCAGGCGCAGUGUUCGCGCUGCGGGGAGCAGGACUACCAAUACCGCCAGCGGUCCCGCGCCCGCCCACUUCCACAAAACCCCAUCCGCAUCCACCGGCAAGCGGAGCCGGCUCUCGCCUCCCAGUUCCGGAUACAUAGCCGUGGUGCGACCAGGCAGCAAUGCCACCCGGGGGCGGCAGGAUCGAAGGAAUCCUCGGGAGCUGCCAGUGAAACCUCCGUUGCAAGCGCUGUCCGCCAGGUUGCUUGCCCACUCCAAUCCGUAUCAGGAUGAUAGGUCGCUUAAGGAGCGGCGAUCCGUGACCGAGCGCAGUCAGCGAUCGGCGGUGAAGACCCAUAACCAGCACCACCCAACGUUGGCCAGCUCCCGAUCGGCCUUCGGUGGCCACUACACCGUGCCUCCAGCGCCGCCCACUCUGCCCAAAGCUGCUCCUCAGCCGCCUUGCCGCCAGAUGCGUCCAUAUCUGCGAUCGGUCCGCGCCAAGGUCGACUCGCACCUGUGCCCCCAACUCUCCACAAAUCCACGUUGGGCCUCCAAGUGUCAGCAACAGCAACCCGCCCAGCCGUGCUCCCAACGACCUUGCAAGUCCACCACGAAGGGCAAAUCCCUGGCGGAGUCACACCAGCAGCUGGAGCUGCUGCUUUCGAGGAUCGAGCGAGUCACCAAUUAUCAGCCACCGCCACCGCCACAGUCGCCGCCUGCCGCGCAAUCCAAGAGAAGAGCGGCUGGCGCCAAGGUCGCCAAGGGGGUCAGCCGCCAGAUGGCGCAACCACCUCCAGUGCCAGCUGGAACGCCAAUGCUCAGCGCCCGUAGAAACAACAACAACGCCAUGAGAAUAGAUGGCGGAGGCGGUGCUGACUUGGAGGAGGAUCGCGAUCGGAAUGGGGAUGGGGAUGGAGCAGGGGAUCACACCGACAUUGCCAUACCGUUCGUCCAGAAUCCGCAGCGUCUGCCGCUGGCGCAGCGGGAUGCGCUGAUGAAGCUUCUGCAGCGGAGCGAACAGCACGACAAGGGCAUUGUGGAUAUGGUGGGCGCCACCGGGGACUCCACCCGGGACACCAUGCUCAUGCUGCUCCAGAUGAUACCCCUUAGCCUGAGUGAUUCCCCGUAUAAGGAUAAAUUAUUGAAAGAACAUACCCACCUGAAGAAGCGCCAGAAGCAGGAACAGCAGCUACGCCCCGGCGACGAGCGUUUGAAGGAGGUGAAGGCCCUGCAUGGUUCCGAUGGCCAGGUCUUCUCUUUCCGCACUUUGGAGGAGAAACUGCAGAACGAAAAGAAGGUGCGGGACUAUAUGGAUGCGGAGCAUAAGGUGCACGCCACGGGACAAUACCAUAGUGUGAGAAGUGCACUAGAGCAUCGAAGCGUUCAGCAUCCGCUGACCGAACGUCAGGAGCAGGCGAUGCGGGAGCGGGCGCAGCUGGAGCGGGACAAGCAGCUGGUGAUCAACUGUCGCGAGAAGCGUCGUCUGAAGGAGCAGCUAUGGGAGCAGGGGGCACAGCCACCAUCGCGGAAUAAUAACAACCAGUCCAAGAAUCCAACUAUGUCCACACCCACUGAUCCUUGGAAGCAGGUCCUUCAAGACCGGGACCGCUUUCAAGCCAACUGCAAUCGCAGCUGUUUCUACAACAAUUCGCAGAGCUCAGCGCCCUGGAAAAUAUAUGCCAAAGUGGCUAGCAAGCUGACCUCGCAGCUAAUCGAAAGCGUGGAUGUCGAAUUUCAUCGCAGUGUAGCAAAUUAUAUCAACGACAUUUUAGGCCACAAAGUGAACUGAUAAUUGCCACAUCCUGCUAUUUUGAACCUCACUGUCAACCUUUUUAGCUGAGUUUCCAGAACUGAAUGUAAAGAGUUGUACUACUCUUUUACGGCAUCUUGAAUAAGAUUUUAUUCCGCCACAAGGGGACAAAUUGUAAGUGUAGUAAAAUUAACAGAUUUUUUAAAAUUCCAUGGACAAA